UAAAUCCCAGCACGGAAUCCACGGACCAGUGUUUCUGUUAGAACCUCCUCCGGUUCUCCGCUUCUCGAAUGCCACCGGGUCGCAAGUCAGUUGCUCGGCCCACGGUUCCCCGGCCCCCGACGUCACCUGGCUUCAUCAUGACGGCUCUGUCGUCACUGCCGUCCCUGGAUUUAGGCAGACCCUGGGUAACGGAACCCUGUACUUCCCUCCAUUUCGAGCCGAGGACUAUCGCGCCGAUGUCCACUCCACGGUGUAUCGCUGCAAAGCAUCGAAUCUUGGCGGCUCCAUACUCAGCAGAGACGUCAGGGUCAGAGCCGUCGUACGUCAGAGCUACGAAGUGCAAGUUUACAGAGCCCACGUCCUCCUAGGCAACACUGCCGUACUCCAUUGCGUCAUACCUGCCUUCGUUAAGGACUACGUAACAGUGACGUCGUGGUUUCGAGACGAUACUAUCAUCCUGCCAGCCCGCGAUGACGCCGGUGGUCGGUUCGUCGUUACAUCUGGCGGUGACCUCCACAUAAAGUCGGCGCAGUCAUCGGAUGGUUCGGUGAGCUAUAGUUGCCUCACUCUCCACUCGCUGACCGGUGAGAGACGCCGAAGUGCGCCGGCCAACCUCAUGGUCACAGAUCCUACCGGAAGCAUGCCACCGCGUCUCACUCAGAGGAGCGUCACAGUAUUGUCUGCAGAACAGGGCGCCGACGUCCAUCUAAGUUGCGCUGCCCAGGCUAACCCUCCGCCCACAUUCACAUGGUUCCGAGAUCAGUUUGGGCAGCUGCGUCCGGUGACGCAGUCAGCGCGUGUGACGCCCUCUCAGGAUGUUCUGCAUAUCCGUCAUCUGAGCCCGGAGGACGCUGGCCGAUGGGUUUGUCGGGUGUCGAACCAAUUUGGCGAGCAACGGCUUGAGACUCAGUUGACAGUAACAGCGCAACUCAGCGCGCAUGUCCAGCCACACUUACAGGUUGUGAAUUCUGGUGACUCGGCCACUUUCAACUGCUCUGUGACGGGGUCGCCGAUCGAGUCGGUGUGGUGGAUGCGCAAUGCUGAACCAGUCCUGUCCAUAUCCGACGGGGAGGCCUCCACGGGCUCCCGGGUGCGUCUUCUGUCCCAGCAAGUGCUUCACGUCGGCGGGGUGUCCAGGUCGGACCGCGGCAUGUACCAGUGCUUCGUGCGUAACGACAGAGAGAGCGCGCAGGGCAGCGCGGAACUGCGGCUCGGAGACACGGUGCCUGAGCUGCAGUCAACUUUCAUUGAGCAGGUCCUGAGACCUGGUUCCCCAGUAUCCUUGCACUGCUCAGCUACAGGAAGUCCACCGCCACAGUUCUCGUGGUUCUUGGACGGAGAACUGCUCACAGCGUCCAGUGUGGGCCACAGGUACGCGAUUGGACAGUACGUUGAUCAGGCCGGUGACGUCAUCAGCCACGUGAAUAUAAGCAGUGCCAGAGUCCAAGAUGGCGGUCGCUAUACUUGCAAAGCCAGCAAUUCUCUUGGGUCUAUCACUCAUUCAGCCAGGCUCAAUAUUUACGGUUCGCCCUACAUCCGUGCCAUCGGCACCCUCCACGCGGUAGCUGGGCAUGACGUCACUUUGCGCUGCCCCUACUCGGGGUACCCGAUAAGCGCUAUCAGCUGGGAGCGACGAGGAAAGGAACUUCCUGCGGAUCUACGCCGAUCUCGUGGGAAAGGCGGUUCGCUGACCAUUAGUCGCGUAGACCCAGCUGUGGACGCCGGCAGCUACGUUUGUUCGGUCCGUGGUAACAGCGGAGAACUUGCUCGAAGGGAGAUCCAACUGACCGUGAACAAUCCCCCAGUAAUGGAACCGUUCUUCUUUCCAUCCAGUCUGCAAGAGGGCAGCCGCGCUCAAGUCACAUGCAGUAUCUCUUCCGGUGACCUUCCCAUUGAAUUUGCGUGGCUUAAAGAUGGUCAGCCGCUCCCACCUUCCCUCCAGGUUGAAGAGAAGAAGGGUGGAGCCUUCUUCACGUUUCUGGUAUUUAACCAGGUGACGUCACGACACAGUGGUUCUUACACCUGUGUUGCCAGCAAUUCAGCAGCCACAGUCAAUUACACAGCUCAGCUCCUUGUCAAAGUUGCUCCUCAGUGGGUAAUGGAACCUCAAGAUGUCGCCACAUUAGCUGGAGGUUCACUUACAGUUCAUUGCCAGGCUCAGGGGUUUCCACAGCCUCAGAUUACAUGGAUGAGAGGACAGGAACGGCUUUCUUCAGAUUUUCAACCUCUAGACUACGCUGAUGGCCGAACGGCACUUACUCCUAAUGGAAGUCUGGUUAUUCAGUCUGUCGGACCGAAGGAUGAGGGGUACUACUUAUGCAGAGCCGCAAACGGUAUUGGUCCAGGCCUUAGCAAAGUGGUAUCUCUUGCCGUUAAUGAACCAGUAAAAUUUGAUACACCAGCGAGGAAUGUGACCGCUCGGCGAGGAGAGUCCGUGACACUGAGUUGCGACGUGAAGGGCGACCAUCCCAUACAGGUGUACUGGCUGUUCAACGAACAGAGAAUUCAUCACAAUAACUACAGGUUCAGUUUAUCUGAAGUGAAGUUAGACACUGGUUUGCAGAGCCAUCUUGUGAUACAGCAGUCAGAUCGUCAAGACUCAGGAUUGUACGUCUGCGAGGCAGACAACAUGUUUGGCCAUUCUAAACAAACCACUCUCUUGGCAGUUCAAGAGCCACCAGAUCCACCAGUCAAUUUGGAGGUGGUGGAAGUUGGUAGCCGUGCAGUAAGAUUAUCAUGGCGACCACCAUUUGAUGGACACAGCAAACUGAUUGGCUACAACGUUCAGUAUAAAGCAUCUCCUCCAUCAAGCCAUGGAGAAAUAACCGACUGGCAGCAUGCCAAUACUCUUAACUUGUCCAUUUCUGCUGUUGAAACUGGAGAUCGGGCAGAGGGGGGUGAGCAACAGCAACACACGUCAGUGCUAAGUGGGCUCCAUCCCGCAACCACAUACCACAUUCGCAUGUUGGCCAUCAACGGUAUCGAGCCCAGUGUCUUCACUGACCCGAUAGCAGCCAAAACUCAGGAAGAAGCUCCUGUGGGACCCCCACAGAGUGUCCAUAUUGAGACGCUUGGUCCUGAUCAGCUUCUUGCAACAUGGAAGCCUCCUAAAGCUGAACUGUGGAAUGGCGACUUGCUGGGGUACGUCAUCUACUGGAAUGUUCACGGCACUUCGCCUGGUUUUGGAGGAAACCACACUAGUUCACACACAGUGCAUGGAAUGUCUGUCAACCAGUUCCGGUUAACUGAUCUUCGCAAAUUUACACAUUAUGAUGUCACAGUAGCAGCAUUUAAUGGUGUGGGGAUUGGACCACAAUCAGCUGUUGUCACAGCAGCGACACAAGAAGGAGUUCCAGAAGCUCCACCCCAGAAUGUGGCAUGUUCUCCACUGUCAUCACAGAGCGUCAAAGUGACCUGGUCACCACCGCCUGCAAACCAACAUGGCGGUCUGCUGCAAGGCUACAAAGUAAUCUAUAGGCCAGUCCAGAAGGACAGCAUUAUCCGCCUUGCCAGCAGUGAAGUGAAACGAACAUCUAGCGUGGAGACUUACCUUCAUGGUCUCUUGAAGUUCACUAAUUAUUCUGUCCGUCUCCUGGCUUACACCAGUGUUGGAGAUGGUGUCGUCAGUGAUACGGUCUACUGUGCGACUGAACAGGAUGUUCCUGGACCACCAGCUGGAAUGAAGGCUUUGGCACUCACAGGAGACUCCAUAUUGGUGUCAUGGCUUCCACCUGACCAACCAAAUGGAAUUAUUGUCCAGUACACAGUCUAUGUUGUUGAGGGAGGCCGAGUUAAGCCUUCCAGCUUUUCGGUGCGUGUGGGGCCAAGUUCUGAAACGGUAUUUGAGGUCCGCAGUCUUGUAGAGCUCCAGCGCUAUGAGUUUUGGGUGACAGCAUCAACCAUUGUAGGAGAAGGGGAGGGGACUCGUCCAAUUCCGCAAGCUCCCAAUUCAAGAGCACCGGCACGGAUAGCGUCAUUCUCACAGACUCUGCGCCACGCAGACAAAUCAAAUGUGAUACUUCCAUGUGUUUGUGUGGGUCUCCCAAUACCAACUAUAACCUGGCGACGAUCCACGGAGAUAAUUCGUGGUGAACCCAGUUCCAACCAUGAACUUUCUCCACAAGGGACACUGAAUAUACAUCAUUUGGAUAAAUCUAAGGAGGGGAACUAUACAUGCAUGGCCAAAAACUUGUGGGGUGAAGACCAAGUUACGUAUCAGGUGUUGGUGCUGAUGGCACCAGAUGCACCCAGUCUUGAGUUGCAGCUCACGACCAGCCGCACGAUUAACCUGCGAUGGAAGGCUGCUGGUGAUGGUGGUGCACCCAUACAGGGCUAUGUGCUGAGUUACAAACGAGACCAUGGCAACUGGCAGGAAGUGCAGCUGGAUGCUGACAGGAUGUCAUACGUUCUGCAAUCAUUGCACUGUGGAGCCACAUAUCAUACUUACCUCACAGCUCACAAUAAAGUGGGCAACAGUCGUACAAGUGGUAUUGUUACAGCCAUCACUAAGGGUGGAGCUCCUUUACUGCCAAGCUCCAGUGAACUCAUCUCUGCAAAUGCGACAUCGAUCAGUCUGCAGCUGGCAUCUUGGCCAGAUGGUGGUUGUCCCAUUGUCUACUUUGUGGUUGAGUACCGACCACUAAGUGGAAACAAUCGGAACUGGUUGCUGGUUGAUAAUAAUGCUCCGGCAGAACAGAUAUCUCUGCGAGAUCUCCAGCCUGCAACAUGGUAUCAGCUUCGCCUCACUGCACACAAUGAUGCUGGCUCUACACGGGCACACUUCAGCUUUGCCACCACAACCAUUACAGGAGAAACUAUUCCACCACCAAACGAUUUGCAAGAUCCAUCAACCGGCGCACAGUUCUAUAGGGAUGUCUAUGUGAUGGUACCCAUAGUGUGUGCUGCUGUUGUACUGCUGUCUGCCCCACUGCUUGGUUACAUCGCUCUUCACAGGAGAACAUGUGUGAGGACAGAGGGGUACAGCAAACCAGGUCGCAACUUGCCCGAAAGUCACAGUGUGUGUAGCAGUUCAGCAGAAAUGGAUAACAAGCGCAAUUGCCAACAGGUGUACUCAUCUUCACCUGUCAAACCUGAGGGGCAUCACCAUCAUCAUAAUCCGAAACACAUCGAGACUGCAUCAGCAGAGAUCUACGAGAUGAGCCCUUAUGCUACGUUUGCUAUGGCUGCAUCGCCGGCCACUCGAGAACUGAGCACUACAACUCUUGACUAUACUGUACAGUUCAAGACAUUUGGCCACUCAGAAAAUGACAGUGGCAUUCACCAGGAUCAGAUGCCUGCUGGGAGAUCCAGCAAGAAACACUCCCGCCAUGUUGCCUCCUCUGAUGGUGAGAGCAGUCGGCAAAUUGCCCAACAGGUAGCAAGUAGAAUGAGACACGCAAGCUCAAAGCCUCACCAUAGAGACAAACAGCCUGCUGCAGAAAGUGCAAUACAUGGUGACUCAGAGUCGGACACAAGUGGCAGCCCUUCAGCUGUUAGCAGUUACCGAGUCCCCAUCAAGCCACCAGCCUCCAGAAGUCUAGAGUUAUACCGUUUGGACUCAAGUACUGAGUCUAAUGAGACCUCACCAUUGUCUGAGCGGCAUCAAACACCACGUCACUAUCCUGUGUCUGGCAACAGUCAUAAAACAACCCCCAUUGGAUCUGGGCCAGGACUGCAUAGGGGGUUGCUGGCACCCCACGCCAGUUCUGAGUCUAGUUCUGCUGAGGAUGAAGCAAGCUUCUCCAGCUAUCGGCUGCAACCUCCGUCCGGGUUCUCUGACAGCCGUGAGCUCAGUGAGGCAGAAUGUGACAGAGACAACACAUUACAACUUGAUAAGCUACUUGCAAGGUUCCAACAUCAGAAGGAACAGGAGCGCCUACAGUUCACCAUUCAUGUGUGAUAUUUGAUGAUACAGGGACAUUAAACUGCCAGACUUUUAAAUACUUGAACCAAUUACCUACACGUGUAAUGCCAUUGUGUUUUGUGUGUAAAGGUAAAUGUAGGAAUGUUUAGGGCUGAUGUUACUUGUCACAUGUGAUGUCAUGAAUAAAUAUGUACAAUAGAUAAGGCAAAUGACUGAGAUCAAAAUUAUGUAACACAUUGUUAAGUUAUGCAGAAAUACCACGAUUCUGAAUAUUAUUCCACUGAAAUAUAAAACAUUAAAAGAAUAUACUGUAUAUUAAUUGUAACGUUUGCUAAACCUA